CUUAAUUUUCGUGGGAAGAAACCAUUUCCCACAACCAAAGAGAGCGCUUAUUUUUCAUUCGCAUUGUCCCCGAAAAGUAUGCCCUCCAGUUCUAUAAGAGGGCUUCCAAGAUGGUCAAUAAACCUUUUACUGUGGAUUUGAAUAAGCCUCUUGUCUUCCAGGUUGGCCAUCUUGGAGAAGCUUACAGUGAAUGGGCUCACCAGCCUAUUGUGAGCAAGGAAGGCCCCAGGCUUUUCGCGAAUGAUUUGUGUGAGCUCUUGACCCGCACGGUAUGGUGGGUGGUUCCGCUUGUUUGGCUGCCGGUUAUGUGCUGGUUUGUGACCAAGUCUCUGCAAAUGGGCCUUUCUUCUUCUCAGGCAGCUCUAGCAGUAGUUGGUGGCAUUUUCAUUUGGACAUUGCUUGAGUACUGUUUGCACCGCUUUCUUUUCCACAUGAAGACAACAAGUUAUUGGGGAAACACUGUGCAUUAUCUUCUUCAUGGCUGCCAUCACAAGCACCCGAUGGACGGAUUGCGACUUGUUUUCCCUCCUGCGGCAGCUGCUAUUCUAUCUGUGCCGAUUUGGACCCUCAUUAGGCUUUCAUCGACACCAUCCACCGCUCCUGCGAUAUUUGGAGGAUGCUUGCUAGGAUAUGUCAUAUAUGAUGUCACUCACUUCUACCUUCAUCAUGGGAAGCCUUCAAAAGGGUUGACUAAAAGUUUAAAGACAUAUCACUUGAGCCAUCAUUUUCGGGUUCAAACCUUGGGAUUCGGGAUCACUUCCUCCUUUUGGGACAGGGUGUUUGGAACAUUUCCUUCGACAGUAGCUGCUGGGAGAACUAGAUGA